AAAUUCUAUAUUCUAUAAUGACUUCAUUCACCUAGAUUUUAAAUAGUAUAAAAUUUAUUUAUUUUUAUUGAUAAUUUAUAAAUUUACCUUUAUUUAUAUGAUACGAUAUAUAGAGUUUUAGUUUAAUUGCAGCAACAAAAGCCUUAUUAGUAGAACUUGCAGGAUUUUGAAACCAUGGAAGAUAUUUUUCAGUGGUGCAGGGAAGGAAAUGCCUUGCUAGUUCGAGUUUGGCUAGAUGAUACAGAACAUGACAUGAAUCAGGGUGAUGACCAUGGCUUCAGUCCUCUCCAUUGGGCUUGUAAAGAAGGCCAUCUAAAGAUAGUGGAAAUGUUGAUACGGCGUGGUGCUAGGAUCAAUGUGACCAACAUGGGUGAUGACACUCCGUUACAUUUAGCGGCAGCACAUGGGCAUAGACCCAUCGUGCAGUUGUUGUUACAAAACAGAGUGGAUGUAAACUUCACAAAUGAGCAUGGCAACUCACCGUUACACUAUGCUUGCUUUUGGGGCUAUAGUGCCAUUGCCGAGGAUCUGGUCAUUGCUGGAGCUCUGGUGUCUUUGGCUAAUAAAGAUGGAGAUACUGCUCUAGAUAAGACUAAGGGACAGCUUGUUCAAAGAUUGCAUGAAUUGGCGACAAACCAGGGGCAAGAUCUGAAGAAGAUUCAGUUCAAAGACCAGUCUUGGCUUGGUCUGAAAACCCGAAGUCGCGAUGCGACCCUAUCUCGUCACAAGGGCAUCAAUAUCAACGAAUUGGCACUUCAUACUCGGAUUGCUGUUACCCCAUCAGGUGAGACUUGGCGUGGUCGCUGGCAGAAGAACGACAUCGUUGCAAAGAUAAUAGCGGUGCGCGAAUGUACGCCGCGAGUGCAGCGUGACUUCAAUGAGGAGUUCCCCAAGCUGAGGAUAUUCUCUCACCCCAACAUACUGCCAGUGGUCGGGUGCUGCGUGUCGCCGCCGUCGCUGGUGGUCAUCUCGCAGUAUAUGUCGUGGGGCUCGCUGCACGCGCUGCUGCACGGCGGCGCGGGCGGCCGCGUGGUGGUGGACGCGCUGGCGGCCUCGCGGCUGGCGCGGGACGUGGCGGCCGGCAUGAGAUACCUGCACUCGCUGAGCCGGGACCGGGACCGGGUGAUGCCACCCUACCACCUCAACAGUCACCACGUGAUGAUCGACGAAGACCUGACGGCUCGUAUAAACAUGGCGGACUCGAAGUUCUCGUUCCAAGAGCGAGGUCGAGUGUAUGCGCCAGCGUGGAUGGCGCCUGAGGCUCUGAUGAAGCCCAGCGCUAAGAGAAACUGGGAGGCCGCUGAUUUGUGGAGCUUCGCGGUACUGCUCUGGGAACUGGCCACCAGAGAGGUUCCAUUUGCUGACCUGUCCCCAAUGGAGUGUGGGAUGAAAAUAGCUCUCGAAGGUCUACGGAUUACUAUUCCUCCAGGCAUUUCUCCCCACAUAUCAAAGCUUAUCAAGAUAUGUAUGAACGAAGACCCAGGCAAACGACCAUCCUUUGAGAUGAUUCUACCCAUUUUAGAGAAAAUGAAACGUUAAUGUGGCUAAUCAGAAUGCUAAAAUAUACAGUACAAUAUUUAUUAGUAAAAUUCAAACUUAAAGUGCAGGCCUCACUAACUACACAAGAUAUCAUUGUCAAUAUUCCGGAUCUCUGACUUGACUUUUAAUAAUGAAAUGAUAGUGAAUAAAUAAAGAACAGACUUAUCUCAAGUGAUCACGUAUUAGUUGCACCAUAUUCACAAACGAAUCUAAUUUAUAGGUAUAAUUUCUUACGUAUACUAACAGCCUUACAAAUAAAUUUGGUAUAAAGUUCUACCUGAGAAUAAAACAAUAUGCAAAAUGAUUCCAAAUAGACGUUUUGCUUAUUAUUGGAUCAUUCGGACGUAUAACGUUUCCCUCGUUUAUUUGCAAGGCUGCCGGAAAACUUCAGAAUUAUCAUUGUAUUGAAAGUGUUUUCAGCGAUAUAGUCAACACUAUAUACUUGGUUUAUUCUCAGGUAUAACUUUAUACCAACUUUAUUGGUUAGGUCAUAUAAGUAUAUAUUUCUAUAACUCAUCUCUAUUUAUAAUGUUAUAUUUGUGUACACUUAUAGAUAUGAAAUUGAUUUCUGUCUUUUUUUUUACUAUGAAAUGCUUAUUAAAUGGUAAUUAAUAUGAGAUGUAUUCAGAAAUGUCUUGGGCCUACAGUAAAAUUUUGAGGAAAAUACUAAAGACUGUUUGUGUGUACCUUUAUAUUAUUCUUAUUUUUUGUAUGCAAUACAAUUCAAUAAUAUGCAAUCGAUUCAAAAACAAUUAAAUAUAAUUUUAUGGCAACACAGAAAAUAUGGAGAGGAGGCAUGCCUCCAAUGUCACUUUUAACAUUGACAGUUAGCCAUAGAGUGCUUAAAUUUUGUAGUAGUUACUGAACUUAAUUUCUGCCUUCUAUCGUGGAUAGAUUUAAAUUAAACUUUAUUAAUUUCUGAAUACAAAUCAAUGUUUGUAUUAUUUACAAGGAAUUCAUUAAACUACCUGAUAUUUAUAUACUGUCUCGAACUAUUUUUUUUAGAAAUCUCCUUAAGUGCCAUCAAAUAUAUUUUAUUUAUAAACAAACAAACAAACACACUACUGUAACUGCCAGUAUAAAAUGUAGGGUUGUGUAUGUUGUCUUUUACACUUUUCAUAAAUUAAUUUAAAUAAAUCAUGUUUUUAUAAUUUAUUUAAUAAUAUUGUUGUAAUUUAAUUUACUAAUGUAUUUUUUUCAUUGAUUAGUAAUCUCUUGAUACACAAAUCUAAUACUAAUGUUUGAAACAUGUUAUUAUAUGUUACUUGUUGUGAAGAGCUUAUAAUAUUAACAUGUGUAUAGGCCGCGAAACGGAUCUUUUAGUAGUAACGGGCUUAGUAGUUUCAUGUACUGCCCAAGGUCCGUGUCAGCCUUAAUAGAACGUUAAGUAUUGUGCAAUUAACAAAUAUAGGAACCUCAUUUGUGACUAACGAAAGAGAUUAUAUUGUUAUAUUUAAGUAUAUUAUAUAGGUUAAGUUAUGAUAACUUUAACAUCUGUGCUAUCUAGACAGUCUAUUAGGAAUCUAGAACUGAAAAUCGUUUUUAGUUCAACAUACAUUACAUAUAUUAUAUGCAUUACUGAUAAAAUUCAAAAGACUAAUCUUUUGAAUUUUGUUGUAAAUUGUUCGAAAGAGUACUGCCACCAUCCCUAUUUAUGCUGUAUAACAGUAUUGCACCUGUGCUGUAGUGUUCUGGUUUGAAGAGUGUAAAUUUCUGUGUAAUUACAACCCCGUGAGAUAUUCCUUCUUUUAUCUAUAGAUUUCAGGCUGACGGACGCAGAGCAAUGUGACCGGGGUCUUAUCGCAAUAUGCUACGCCGUAUGUUGUUUUGUAAUUUGUUACGACUUAGAUUAUAUUGCCACUGUUGAUGCUGCCUUAUACAUAAUAAGGUUGUUUAAUCCAUCACAUUUAGAAAAAUACAAUGGAUGUGGUUAGAAGGACACGCCAUAUUUAGAUGUUUUUAUAAUAUCAUAUAGAUACCUAAGUUCCAAAGUGUAACAAGUCUGAAAUUCAGUGAGUUUGAGAUAAGUAUGAGAAAUUGUUCCUUAAACUAAAACCCACCAUCACAAUAGAGAAGUAAGUGUAUAAGUAAAUGCAGUGUAGCUGUUACUUCCAAUAUCUCUUCAUAAGUCUAGAAUAUUUUCAUUUCAUACACUAACAACUUUAGCUGUUUUCUUGUUACUGUUUGGAACUGAGGUUUUGAUAUAUAACAUUCUUACAAAUAUCUCCGCCAUCCUUAAGGGGGACUUAACAGACGAACAUGAAAAUGGCCCAUUUAAUCCCAUACCAGAGCAAAUAUUUAAGACUUAUAAUUAAUUGUCAAAAACUAAACACGCACGUGCAUUGAUUACCUAAAAUUUAAAUGUGGAUUUAAUAGAUGAUUAGUUAUUUAUAAGUAAUUGAAAUAUAUUUUAUUAAGUAUAGCUUGCCUGAUAUUGUAGGCAUUUUUAUAUAUACCUCGAUGAUUUGCAAAAUAUUAUAACAAAAUUCAAAAAGUAAUAUGGAGUAAUUUCAAUUUUGAAAUUGAUAGCUAAGGAAUUUUGACAAAAGCGAUGAUGUUAUAAAAUGUAAACACCAAAUAUUCAUACUAUACACAAUAUUAUAUUAAUAUUUGGUGUUAUGUUAGAAUAUUAUACAAAAAUUAAUGAAUGUAAAUUAAUUUAUAUUUAAUGAUGUGCCUUAAUCUAUUAAACUGCUUUUAAUGUCUGUUUAUAUACGAAAUUAAUGUAAGCGAACAGGAGAAAGAUAAUGUUCAUUUAUGUGAGUAGGUACAAAAAAAUAUUUUUAGAUUAAAUUAAUCACAAAAUAUUAAAAAAUAAACUAACUUCGUAACAA